UAUUCACUCACUAAACUGUAAGUCGCUCUGGAUAAGAGCGUCUGCUAAAUGACUAAAAUGUAAAUGUAAAAAUGUUGCUGAGGCCACUGACCUGGAGACCGAAUCAUAAUAUGGGAAUGAUGGCUACUGCACUAGUUUGCCCAUGUGUGCAAGCGCCAUACCUUGUUGUUCUCCCUUGUGAUUGGCUAUUAGGCAAUGAUAUGUAAAUAUCUUGCCGUGAACGGAUACAGAUAAAUCGUGGAUGAGGAUUACAUGAUAAAACAUGUAGUUUGUGUUCAUCAUAGCACUAUGAAAUUCAAUGUUGAAACAACUGUUGGAAACAACAUGCUGAUUUGUGAAAAUGCAACUGAGGAACGACAUGCACAAUCUGUUUAAUUUUCAUGCUUCGUUUUCUUUCAUAAGAAAUAGCAGUAGGUCAGUCCAUUCCAAGACACCAUUUCGUGUUUUCUUUGUCAUUGCAGCGUAUGGGAGGGAAUACAUGUGUGGGCGGUCUUAAAUGGUAUGCUUUUGGCCCUGAUUUGUUACCUACUACUCUCAGCGCCAUCUUGUUGCAACUCCUCUACGUAUGUGGAAGAGUUUCUACGAGGGGUAUCCGAUUACCUUUUUCUUCAGUUUUGCUGACUGAAAGACUGGAUCCUUACACUGAAAAAUAAAGUGCAUACCCUGUAACAUUUGCUUAUUUUUUUUGCUUAUAACAUUUUGUUUCCAAUACGGAGAAGAAAUGAGCAUCGAGACGCUUUUAGAAGCAGCAAAGUUUUUGGAAUUGCAAGCCCAGCAACAACAGAAAGCACGUGAGGAGAAUGAGCUGAGGGAGAAGCUUCGCCUCGAACAGCUAUCUGACCACACCCACAGGCACAAUGUCACUUCCUACUCCUCCCUCAUUCAAAUGAACCAUGUGACCCGAGCAGAAGAGCCCUGCCCCCACUCGGAGCGCUGCCCCUCUGUCCCUCCCCCACUGCCGCCCCCCUCCAUGCCCAUCACCGUCAUCCCAAUCCCCAUGAUGACCUCCAACCACACAGGUCUGUCCCCCACCAUCCCAACCCCCUCCUCCACCACCCUGUCCACCCAGGCUGGGGCAUCACCCCACCUGGCCUCCCCCAGGAGGGACCCUCACUCCCCAGGGCAGGACCACCAGGGACAGGGUGCGCUUUUGGCUCUCUCUCCUCAGGUGAAGACCGACCACUCCCACCACUUGCCUUUGGCCCAAUCUGGCAACCACAAGCAGAAUCAUCACUACCAUCAUCACCUUCCGCAGAUUAUUUCCCCACAAUCUGGCAACCAUAAACUGCAGCAGCAGCAGCAGUCUCCCCAGCUGGUGCAGCCCUACCCUGGCUCCAUCGUCUCAGCCCCGCAGCUGCAUGCCUUACUCCCCCAGCCAGGGCCCCCCCAGACUCCGUGUGGGGGCCAGACCAGCCCUGUUGGGGGCCGAGGUAGCCCCCCUGACCUGGACGGGAAGAAGAGGCCUGGAGGGGCAGGGACAAGAGAAGUACAUAACAAGCUUGAGAAAAACAGACGUGCUCACCUGAAGGAGUGCUUUGACACCCUGAAGAAAAACAUCCCCAAUGCAGACGAGAAGAAGACCUCUAACCUUAGUGUCCUGAGGAGCGCCCUCAGAUAUAUACAGACGUUGAAGCGGAAGGAGAAGGAGUACGAGCAUGAGAUGGAGAGACUGGCACGGGAGAAGAUCGCUACUCAGCAGCGAUUGGCUGAGCUGAAGAACGAGCUGAGCCAAUGGAUGAAUGUCAUGGAGAUCGACCGUGUUCUCAGACAGACGGUUCAACCAGAAGAUGACCAGGCUUCUACCUCUACUGCCUCAGAGGGUGAAGACAUCAUGGAUGACGACAUGGAUGAUGAGAAUGUUCCGGCAUUGCCGACAGCCUUACCCACCGUGCCUCAACAAGCCAUGCAGCCCGAGUUGUACAAGACUGUGACCCCAACUCCCAUAACCCCCACCACCUCCAACCUCACCCAACACAUCUCCAUCCAACACAAGGCCCAAACGUACCCCCAGUCCCAGCUUCACCCACACCUGAUGUCAGCCCUGCCUGUAUCAGCUACGUUCUCCACCCCAACAUCCAGCAUCACCACCACCCCUAUCCAGACCCUCCUGUCGGCUCACACACACAUCGUAACCUCCCCUAGCACCCUCUUCCCGGCCCACACACACAUGGUGACCGCCCCCGCUCACACACACAUGGUAAAGGCCCCCAGCCUCCAGCCCACGGUCAUCGCCCACGGCUCGGCUUCCCACGCCUCCGUCAUCCAGGCCGUCAACCACGUCAUCCAGGCCCAGGCUUCAUCUGGAGGAGCCAAGCACAUCACCCACCUAGCCCCCUCCUCCUCAGCCUCCAUGCAGCUGGCCCCAGGGCACCACCACCACCAGCCCAUCGGACACAUCACCGUCCACCCUGUUACCCACCUGGGCCAGCACCAUUUACCCUCCAUCUACCCCCAGCCCGUGGCUGUCACCCAGCCAGCUAUGGUGGGCCACAUCACCCAUACACUCACCCAUGCCCAGGUCAAUGGUACUGCCCCCAACCAGGGCACAACCACCAUCAUGGGAAAGCAGACGGGAGUUGGUGCCCAGGUGGUGACACAUCACCCACAGCUGCUGAACCCUGUAACUAUGGUGACCAUGCCCUCAUUCCCCGUUAGCACUCUGAAGCUAGCUUGAUCUCUGAACCAGGCCAGAGCCAUAACCAGGCCAGAGCCAUCCUGAAGCUAGCCUGAGAACCAAGUACAUGAACAGGCCACACCCACCCUGAGCUGGCCAGAGUCGGGCCGAAGUCGGAGACAGACCUCCAGACCUGAAGACCAUCGGCCCCAGAGCAGACCAGCCGGACAGGAGCCAGCCCAGAGCCAGAACCAGCCCAGACUCCGAGCCCAGGGCGACUGAGGCAGGCCCAGAGCGAGGCAGGCACCAGGACUACUGUACUGACAAACAAACGUAAAAGUCUUCAUACUGAACGCAAGACGCAGUCCUCAUAUUCACUGAUGAUUCACAAACUGCAUUAUUAACUAACCAGUUGUCUAUAAGAAGUAACUCAGAACAUUCCAAAAAAUAAACUAUAAAAAACGUACAUUAAAUUAUAUAAAUAUAUAUUUAUAAUGGUUAUGAGAGGUGAAUGACAGCCGAUGUUGUUGUUGUUUGGCUGAGUAUGAUGUCCAGGAGGAUCAUCUUGAUGGUGUGUGAUAUUGUAUAUGAUGCAGUGGAGAGAAUCACAUGAAGACAUUUUCUCUGUCCCUCCUCCGUGUUCAUAUCUACAGAAGCAAAACAGUAGCUAAUAGUGAGAAAAGGGCGUCAUCCAAUGUCGAAGGCAGUCAGACCUGCAUAUUUUCACUCAAGACCGGUUUUUAUAUUUCUGUAACAGGGUCAUGUAUUCCACAGCCAAGAUAAUUUACAAACCACACUACUAAUGACUGGUGGUGCCACUAUUAACUCUUAUGAAAGCACCAAGAUAUUAUAUUUAACUGAAGUCUUCCACUGAUGCCAGGCCCUAUAUCUACAAAUCAUCUGAGUAGGAGUACUCAUCUAGGAUCUGUCCAUAUAAUCUUAUUCUUUAUGAUUUAAAAGGCUAAACUGAUCCUAGAUGAGCACUCCUACUCUGAGAUGCUUUGUGGAUACGGGCCCUGUGACCAUUCAGAAGGCAAAGCGUCCAAUUUCAGAUGGGGUCAGAGGGACUGGCUGUGGGUGUUGGUGUGUCAGCAUUGGAUCCAUUUGUGUGUGUGCUCUAACAACUAAGCACCAUAAAGGAGCACAUUGAGAAUAUGAUUGCAGGGACCUCCCCCUCUCUACCCAGGCACAUGGCUGUGGAGUGAAACCUAAAACAUGGCCUGGCCUAGCCUGUAUCAUGUGCUCCCCUCCCACUGCAGCACUGUCAUAUUGCUGCAUACUCCACAGGCUCCACCUGGUGGUAAAAAAACACAACCGCAUGUAAAACAACAAACUGAAUGGUCAUUGAGCAGACUAUUUUGUAAUAACAUGUAUUCAGUGGAUGUGGCCCAAGUAGGAAUCAAACCCAAAUGCCGGCAUUACCACCAUGCAUAUAUGAACCAAGUGAUGUAAAGUGUAAUUGUGAGGACUUUUCACAAAACUGAACAACCACUCAAUUUAGCAGGAGGAAAAUGACAGUACUCAAUAGUGACGACUAAUAUUAUUGCCUCAUUAUUUGUUUUACUAAUAGCAGAGCAGGAGCCAUCAUAGCAGGCACAAUCACUGCAAACUGUUCCUGGAGUAUCUAUCUAUCUGUAUGUGUAAUAAAGUAGCUAUAUAGUAAGGAAUGUCUUGUUUAUUGAUUGUGAGCAGUGAUCUUGUUAAAACAAAGGCCUUUGGCAGUGUCAUGGUAGAGCAUUUAAGUGAAUGUGGCAGUUUGGGGUUAAACGACAUGGUAGGGAAGUCACCUACAAAGCACCCUGACAUCUUAUCCUCUUUCUCCACCAACCAUAUUCAUUAUCUGGUAUCCCUGGCCAUCAGGUUAUAACGGUUAUCUAGAUUCUCAUGUUCGCCUUCAACUGCACUAUUAUGACACGAUCUGUGUAGCUGAGAUUCAACUUCUAGCACUUUGAUCUGCUACUUAACCCCAAUUAAACUGGUUUACAACUGUA